ACAGAUGGGACAACAUCGGAAUCUGAACAAACCAGUCCAACCAGCUCAGUCACAGAUGGGACAACAUCAGAAUCUGAACAAACCAGCCCAACUAGUUUAGUCACAGGAGUCACUGAUGGAACAACAUCAGAAUCUGAACAAACCAGUCCAACUAGCUCAGUCACAGAUGAGACAACAUCAGAAUCUGAACAAACCAGUCCAACUAGCUCAGUCACAGGAGUCACUGAUGGGACAACAUCUGAACCUGAACAAACCAGUCCAACUAGCUCAGUCACAGGAGUCACUGAUGGGACAACAUCUGAACCUGAACAAACCAGUCCAACUAGCUCAGUCACAGGAGUCACUGACGGGACAACAUCCGAACCUGAACAAACCAGUCCAACUAGCUCAGUCACAGGACUCACUGAUGGGACAACAUCUGAACCUGAACAAACAAGUCCAACUAGCUCAGUAACAGAGCCUAUUGAAUCAUCCACACCAUCUGACACAACAUCUUUGACUGGCCCACCAACAACCGUGCCAUCUGAGGCCACUACAGAACCUGAAACAACAUCUAGUCAAGCUGGAACAUCUGGCUCAGUUACCACACCUUCACCUGACUCAGCUCAUACAGACAGUUCAGUAACAGCACCUACUGGUGAGACAACCUUAGAAUCUGAGCCAACAAAUCCAACUGAUUCAGUAACAACAAAGCCUGUUGAAACCAUCGCUUCCACUGUCCCAUUAACAUCUCAGCCAGUUCAAACAACCUCAAAAAUAACUACAGCACAACCUCCCAAUUGCCAAAAUGGUGGCACUUAUAAUGGAUUCAAUUGCACAUGUCGUCCUGGAUUUACUGGAGAGUUAUGCCAAAAUGUUGACACCUUUAAACCAGAUACAUUUGACCAAUCAGUGGUAGUGAAUAUGGUGGUCAAUGAGAAAUAUGAUGACAAAUAUGAUGACAAAGAAUCCACAGAGUACAAAGGUUUUGUGGAAAACCUUACAGAAAGGAUGCGGAAAUAUUACAACAAAACGGUACCAACUUUUAAAAAUGUCAUUGUGACCAGUGUGAGCCGUGGAGACCCUUUGGUAAGAUUUGUUGAAGCCAGGACUUUCUAUGCAACAACAGGAGGUAACAGAGUUCGUGUUGCGCAUGAUGUGGUCUUGAAAAUAGACAACACCAAUACAGCUGGAGCUACCUACAACAACAGCGUUGAUGACGUUUUGGAAGCUCUUAAAAAUCUUCAAAAUUGCGUUGAAUGUGAUAUUAACAUCGAAAGCAGCACAGUGGACAGACAAGAAGUUGAUCUGACUUCUCUGUGUAAAAGCCAUGUGGAGAACCAAGAUAUUGCUCACUACUACAAGGCUGUACURGUUGAUGGCAUUUAUGAGUGCUUUACACCAUGUGACGCCCAAUAUCCUGAUGGUCGUAAAAUAUGCAAAAAUAAGGGAACCUGCAAAUUGUACAGUGGCCAGGGACCUGUGUGCGAAUGUCAACAUUUAAAUACCACUUGGUACCUGGGCAGUGACUGUGACCUGCCUAUUCAGAAGACUGCUUUCUACGCAGGAUUAAGUGUGACCCUCGCUUGUCUCUUAGUGAUGAUCAUAGCCCUGAUUGUCAACACAUUCGUCAACAAAAAUAAACAGACAAAGAAAAAGGACAUUAAGAAAAAACUGGUGAACGAGUGGUUGAAUGAAGACUAUGAAUGGUCUCGAUCCAACACCCCAGUGAAUGGACUGAAAACCAGUUUUAAAAACCCAGUGUAUCAAGAAAAAGAUUUGGCUCUCUACAAUGAGAAUUCCUUCAGACAACAAUCGGGCUCAUUCUCACCUCCACAAACCCUGGACACCUAUAAUAAUAUGUUGUCUAAUCCUGGAUACUCCCAGCCCCCAACCAACAGGAACUUCUCUGGCGAUGUACCGAUGAGGAUCAUCAGACCUCAGAUCAGGAAUUCCUGGGACACCUAAAAAGUCCUCCUCUCACCUCUYAGACCUCAACUCUGAAUCUUCUGGAAUAUUUGACCUCAGAUCAGAACUUCAUGAGACUACUGAGCAGGGCAGUUUUUGCCACUGCUGCUCAACUCGAUUGCAUUUUCACAACAGUGAGCUCUUACUUUAUUGAAAAUUGUUGCACUCUUUUUAAAUUAUUUAUACUUUUUGUUGCAUUUUGAGUGUUUACAUUGUUUCUUGAUUUAUGUAGGUGUUAUAUGAUGGCACCAAGUGAUUUGCAGUCGUGUAAAAUAUAAAUAGGCCACUUGUUCCUCUGACUCAUGAUUGAAUGGUUUAAUUCAGUCAUAUAAUUUAUUAACUAUUAUGACACUAUUUAACAGUCCAAAGUGUAAUUCUCACAUGGUAAGAACAACUAUGUGAUCAGCUUCAUAAAUCUGGUGUGAAAAAAGUGACAAGUGAACAAUAAAUAUUUAACCCACAAUAUUUAA